AUGCCGCCUGUCACAAUCCCCCAAUUUCUCCUCCCCCGGGGCGCUCCCUCCCCGCUCAGCCUCCGCGCCUUGAACCGACGAACCACCUACCGCAUCACCAGCAGCACCACCCAGCGAUGCGCCUCCUCUACGCCCGAUGAUAGCAAACCCCGCGUGCUCUCCAAGCCCGACAAGUUCCGACCUCCGUCUCACCCUGCGCGCCGGGUCGUCCAAACUCGCAAUGGGAAGGUUGUCAACAGCGGCCCGAUCAACUACCCGGGGCCGAAGCUCAGCGAGAAGGAGAAGGAGGAGCAGAAGCACAGGCAGUACCCGAAUAUGUUCCCGCCUGAGGGAACAGUCAUGCACAAGUUCUUGACGAAUCGGUGGAUUCAUAUUUGGAUUGCGAUGGGUGUACUGACCUCCCUGGCUACUUUCACAUUCACUACGAACUUCAAGCACUCGUCGCCUUUCGCUCAUCUGCUGCCGCCUUGGUCGGCGCUGCUGUCACAUCCGAUUGAUACGGUUCGGCAGGCUAUUUCGGUGUUCCGGAUGCAUGUGCAGCACAAUUCGAUCGAGACGAGAGAGAAGCGUCGCAGACGGGUGGAUGAUGCUGAGAAGAGACGGCAGUAUCGGGUUGCUCAUGGGUUGGAGGAGCCUAAUGAGAAGGAUCUUGCUGGUGCUGAUGGAAAGGAGGUGGCUGUGGAUGACCAGUCUCCUGUGGCUAAGGAGCAGCAGGGUGAGGAUGAUAAGAACGUGUAUGUUGAUUGGGAGGGUAACAAGAGGCCUGUUAAGAAGUGGUUGGGGAUUUGUCAAGGGCUUUACCAUAGCAAUGUUUAUUGGUUUGCUAUUUUUCUGCAUUCGUCUGAUACGAUUUCUACCCAGCUGCGCAUCUUCCAGCAAGUUCCUGGAAUGUUCCCAACUAGAAAGCUGCAGUCAAUCAAGAAUACUGAAGAUUCAGAGUAUGGUGUCACUGUUAGCCCCGGUCUCCAUGAUAACAUGAGCUUGCACAGUUUUCCAGAUAAUGCAGGCACAAGAAGCUUUACAUUGGGUCCAGUGGGGCUUUACUGUGUCGAUUCACAUAUACCAUGCAACAAAGUCAUGGUUCUUGAGAUGUACCUGCUGUAUUUGAUGCACUACCAAAGCAUCAGCAAGUCUUCCUAA